AUGGCAACAUCUAAAGUCCUUCCCAAAAUAGCAAUCAUUGGCGCCGGCCCCGCAGGUCUUACCCUCGCUAACCUUCUCUACAAAUCACUCCCAUCGAGUUCUCUCCCUGUCACCAUCUUCGAUCUACGCUCUGCACCCUCUGCUUCCACUCUGCACACACCAUCAGGCAGUCUUGACUUGCAUCGUGGGUCUGGCUUGCUGGCAAUUGAGAAAUGCGGCCUCACCUCCAAGUUCAAAACCCUGAUUGCGGACUGCAGCGAACAAACGAUCGUUGCAGACAAGUCGGGAAAGAUUUGGUAUCAAGAUAAUGAUCAAACCGGAGAUAGGCCUGAAAUUUCACGGAACGCGCUCACGUAUCUUCUGCUCUCAUCUCUACCCCCAGACCUCGUUUGCUGGAAUACGAAAGUCCUAUCCGUCACUCCUGGCUCUGAGAGGAAAUGGAAAAUCACCUUUGGAAACAAAGAACAAGAUGAAUUCGACGAGAUAGUAGGUGCGGAUGGUGCUUGGUCCAAAGCCCGGGAUGCGAUUCCUGGAGCAUCAAAACCCUUUUACAGUGGAGCGUCAUACCUCACGUUCACGAUCCGAAACCUCAGCACCAACUACCCUUCUCUCAAUUCUCUGGUGGGAAAUGGUUCCUAUUCCGCGUUCAGCGAGCACAAAGCUCUCGUCAGCCAGCGGGGAGCUAUGGGCUCCGCCCGCUUGUACCUAAUGAUGAGCAUCCCAUCUUCUUCUUACUUCAGCGAUUCCGGACUCGAUAGUCUGCCGCCAGCCGAGCUGAAGAAAAAGCUGCUGGGCGGGGAGGACUUCUUCCAGGGUUGGGGCAAUGAACUGCAAGAGUUGAUUGCUGCGGGUUGUGAUGCCGUGGAGGAUAAGAUGGAAGCCCGCCCGCUGUAUAUGCACUCGAUCGGAGAUUCGUGGACACACACGCCCGGUAUAACACUUAUCGGUGAUGCAGCACAUCUCAUGACUCCUUCUGGAGAGGGGGUAAAUUGCGCUAUGCUCGAUGCCCUUGAGCUCUCCGAAGCGAUCACCUCAUCUUUAGAAACCGAAGGUGGAUUGGAUGAAGCGGUAAAAAGAUUCGAGGAGAAGAUGUGGAAGCGCAGUAAAGAGCUUAUGGAGGAGGCGGACCAGAUGAAGAAGAUCAUGCUUGAGGAUCAGAACGCGCCGCAACAAUUUUGCCAGAUGUUUAAAAGAGCUUAG